CUAUCACUACAGCAGACAGAUGCGAUCAUGGGUCUACCAAGUAAGGCUGUUAUCGAUUGUGGCUGAUGAUCCACAUGAAGCGGUUGCCCCAGAGAACUCCACUUUGUUGUGUGUGGCUCGCUAGUUAGCUCAUCACCCUUCCGGUUUCCAUUCCUGGCAGUUCUAAACCACAAAACCUCUUCGCAAACUUGUGCGCUUUCUCUCUGAUACGUCAUCAUCUGUAUUUACAUAUACACACCUCUUAGUGUGCCAUCGGUUCCGCUCCGCCAGCAGGCGUUCGUACCCCCAUAUCACAAGCAUGCGGAAUGCAGUAAUAUCUGGGACUUUUCUGCUAUCUGUCCUGGCAGCAGCAAACACCGACGAAGUCUACGCACCCUUCGACGAGCCAACCUUCGCCAUUCUCGAAGAUGUAUCGGCAGACACCCACGAUAUCUCCCCAAUGCGCGAGCUGCUAAGACGACAGAAUGGAUGCGAUAGUGGAUACACAAAUUGUGGUAACCUAGGAGCAGCAGGUGCAUGCUGCCGUCCAAACCAAGUCUGCUCAGCAGAUUCACAAGGCCAUGUAGGCUGUUGUCCUAUCGGCGCAGCAUGCACAGGCUCACUUGGGGGCUCAGCACCGACUGCAGGUUCCUCGUCGCCUACAUUUAUCUUCCCCUCAGGUACAGCUGCAACCACUACACAAGGCUUUUCAGUGGGUGAUCCAACCGGGGUUAGCGACGCGCCUUAUAGUUACUCGACGGUGUCCAAUCAAUAUUAUCCGAUACUCUAUAUACCCACAACUUACACCAACGCAGCCGCGUGCUCUUCGGCGUACUCGAGUCUUCAAACCGCUGUGGCGUCUUGUACAGCUGCUCUAGCAGGAGGAGCAAACGGUGUAACGAUAAAUGCUCCUAACGGCGGGAUUACUGUCGCCCCUAUCACGGCGAGUCUGGAUCUUCCUCAGGCGAGCUCGGUAUGUUCGAGCUUGAGCUCAAGAGCAGGAUUCGGUCUUGUGGUCGAAGCGUGCGGGAACUUUGGCAAUGGUGGAUCGGGAGCUGCGGGCAAGAACUGCAAAGGGUCUAUAUACGGCAUUGGAGCAGGUCUCGCUGUGGGUGUUGCAGGCCAGAUGCUAUGAAGCUAUUUUUUGAGAUUGCGUAAACAUGCAGCAAUUCUAUUAUAGCAGGAUGCUAUAUUUGUCUCUUUGAAUGUGAGACCCUGAACGGUCGAAUAUCGAGCUUUAGCGACUGCGGGGUUAAAGUAAUUUAGUGUGUACUUCUACCUUAAGGUUGGGAUGUAAGAUCAUGAGAUUUCCACACUACAGCUCACACAUUACUCAAAUUUCCUUGCAACGUCUUCUCUAGCUGCACCUAUUGAAU